AUGCUUGAAAAAGUGGACAGAUUCUUAGAAACAUAUAAUCUCUCAAAACUGGACGAAGAGGAAAUAAAAAGAAUGAAUGUGAAGAAGUGUGAAACUAAAGAUUUACCAGUGCCUAAUGAGAAAAAGGAUGCAGAACUUGAUUCUCCACCUGCAAAGAAAAAAAGAAUAGAUUUUCUUCAGACUUAUGAUGCGGAAUAUCUAAAAGUUGGCCUUAUUGUUUGUCCUGGAUCAAAAGAAAGUUCACCGAGGCCACAGUGUGUCAUUUGUGGAGAAAUCUUAUCCAGUGAAAACAUGAAGCCCGCAAAUCUUUCCCAUCACUUGAAGACAAAACAUUCGGAAUUAGAAAACAAACCAUUAGAUUUGUUUAAACAAAAAUCUCUUGAAAUGGAAUGUCAAAACAGUUCUUUUAAAAAGUGUUUACUAGUUGAAAAGUCACUCGUGAAAGCUUCUUAUUUAAUUGCUUUUCAAAUUGCUGCCAGUAAGAAGCCAUUCUCUAUUGCUGAAGAAUUAAUUAAGCCAUAUUUAGUAGAAAUGUGUUCCGAAGUCUUGGGUUCAAGUGCUGGAGACAAAAUGAAAACCAUUCCUCUUUCUGAUAAUACAAUUGAACACAGGAUUGAUGAGCUGUCAGCAGACAUCGAAGAUCAGCUGAUCCAGAAAGUCAGGGAAUCAAAGUGGUUUGCCCUUCAGAUAGACGAAUCAUCAGAAAUCGCAAAUACCACUCUUCUUCUGUGCUACAUCCGUUUCAUUGAUUAUGACUGUAAUGAUAUAAAAGAAGAAUUAUUAUGUUGCAUUGAAACGCCAUCUCAAGUAACUGGUUUUGAAAUAUUUGAACUAAUAAAUAAGUAUAUUGCUAGUAAAUCUUUGAAUUGGAAACAUUGUGUUGGUCUCUGUACAGAUGGGGCUGCAAGCAUGACUGACAGGUGUUCUGGUUUAAGGACAAAAAUUAAAGAAGUUGCCAUGAAUACUGUGACAUUUACACAUUGUUUGAUUCACCGUGAACAUUUAGCAGCAGCAAAGCUGUCUCCCUGCUUACAUGAAAUUAUUUUGCAGUUAGCACAAAUUUUAAGUUUUAUAAAGAGCAAUGCUUUAAAUUCAAGAAUGCUAUCAAUUUUGUGUGAAGAGAUGGGGUCUGCGCAUCUGAAUUUACCACUUCAUGCAGAAGUACGUUGGAUGUCCAGAGGAAAAGUUUUAACAAGAUUAUUUGAAUUACGACAUGAAAUUGAAAUCUUUUUAAAUCAGAAGCAUUCAAAUUUGGCCAAGUAUUUUCUUGAUGAGGAAUGGGUUGCCAAGCUGGCCUAUUUAUCAGACAUUUUUUCAUUUAUCAAUGAACUGAAUUUAAGUCUCCAAGGAACUAUGACUACUCUCUUUAAUUUGUAUAAUAAGAUUGAUGUAUUUAAGGAAAAGUUAAAAACGUGGUUAAAGCGCACACAAGAGAAUGAUUAUGACAUGUUCCCUUCAUUUUCUGAAUUCUCAAACUCCUCAGAUUUUAAUAAGAAAAGCAUUGCUUGCAUUAUUUUUGAGCACCUGAAAGGACUUUCUCAAAUGUUCAAUGACUGCUAUCCACCAGAAGAAGACUUACGUUCAGGAAAUCGAUGGAUAAUUAAUCCUUUCAUGAAUCAUCAAAAUAGUAAUCUCAUGGACUUUGAAGAAGAAAGACUAGCACAGUUAUCUUCAGAUUUAGGAUUGCAAUACUCAUUUAAAUCAAUGUCUGUAACUCAGUUUUGGGUAAAUGCAAGGACAAGUUACCCAGAACUCCAUGAAAAGGCAAUGAAGUUUUUAUUGCCCUUUUCAACUAUUUAUUUAUGUGAUGCUACAUUUUUAGCUUUGACUGAAUCAAAAGAGAGAAAUCUGCUGGUUUCUGGCCGUGCUCUGAGACUUGCAGUCACAUCUUUAAUUCCAAGGAUAGAAAAAUUGGUAAAGGAGAAAGAGUAGAAAAACACCCAUGUUGAUUAUUAUUAAAGUCUUUAAUUUUGUGUUAAAUUUUGUAUGAAUCAAAUAUUCUCAGUAUAAUUUCAUAAUAUGGAUAUGUUUUC